AUGAGAGAGGCGCUGGAACGUCAGAGGGCAGAGGCUGCAGAUAGGGUGAGGGCGGAAGCAGCUGCAAUGAUUCGUAGAGAGGAAGAGGAGCGGCGUGCAAAACAGGAGGCAGAUAAGGCGAAGGCCGUAGAGGAGCGAAGGAGAGCGGAACAAGAACGGCAGAGGGAAGAGGCUGAGGAGAGGGUCAGGACAGAGGCAGAAGCGAUGGUUCACAGAGAGGAAGAGGCGCUGCGUGCUAGAGAGGCGGCAGAGAGGGCGAGGGUCGCAGAGGAGCGCAUGAGAGAGGCGCUGGAACGUCAGAGGGCAGAGGCUGCAGAUAGGGUGAGGGCGGAAGCAGCUGCAAUGAUUCGUAGAGAGGAAGAGGAGCGGCGUGCAAAACAGGAGGCAGAUAAGGCGAAGGCCGUAGAGGAGCGAAGGAGAGCGGAACAAGAACGGCAGAGGGAAGAGGCUGAGGAGAGGGUCAGGACAGAGGCAGAAGCGAUGGUUCACAGAGAGGAAGAGGCGCUGCGUGCUAGAGAGGCGGCAGAGAGGGCGAGGGUCGCAGAGGAGCGCAUGAGAGCGGAGCAUGAACGGCAGAGGGCAGAGGCUGCAGAUAGGGUGAGGGCGGAAGCAGCUGCAAUGAUUCGUAGAGAGGAAGAGGAGCGGCGUGCAAAAGAGGAGGCAGAGAACGCGAAGGCCGUAGAGGAGCAAAGGAGAGCGGAACAAGAACGGCAGAGGGAAGAGGCUGAGGAGAGGGUCAGGACGGAGGCAGCAGCGAUGGUGCGCAGAGAGGAAGAGGCGCUGCGUGCUAGAGAGGCGGCAGAGAGGGCGAGGGUCGCAGAGGAGCGCAUGAGAGAGGCGCUGGAACGUCAGAGGGCAGAGGCUGCAGAUAGGGAACGUCAGAGGGCAGAGGCUGCAGAUAGGGUGAGGGCGGAAGCAGCUGCAAUGAUUCGUAGAGAGGAAGAGGAGCGGCGUGCAAAAGAGGAGGCAGAGAACGCGAAGGCCGUAGAGGAGCAAAGGAGAGCGGAACAAGAACGGCAGAGGGAAGAGGCUGAGGAGAGGGUCAGGACGGAGGCAGCAGCGAUGGUGCGCAGAGAGGAAGAGGCGCUGCGUGCUAGAGAGGUGGCAGAGAGAGCGAGGGUCGCAGAGGAGCGCAUGAGAGAGGUGCAGGAACGUCAGAGGGCAGAGGCUGCAGAUAGGGUGAGGGCGGAAGCAGCUGCAAUGAUUCGUAGAGAGGAAGAGGAGCGGCGUGCAAAAGAGGAGGCAGAGAACGCGAAGGCCAUAGAGGAGCGAAGGAGAGCGGAACAAGAACGGUAG